UUAAUUUGAGGGAUUUAACGAACAGUUACGACGUUUUGGAAUAGACGGAUAAUGAUAAUUUUUACAUUUUUCAUUCCACUAUAUUUUUUCGUUUAUUUACAAACAACCGAUGGUCAGUGUAUAGCAAAUGACGUCAUUGGUGAACAGAACACACAGACUGAAGAUAAUGAUGAUUAUAAUGGAGAUACUGUCAAUGCAGUUCUAAACUUCGACAACCAAUACAAAUUCGAUUGCUGUGGUUUCAUAUAUACGUGGGAAAUUUAUGUACGCAGAAAUGUUAUUACACCAAUAAAUGUGAAAGUCCAAGUUUGGUACAAUUCCGGUACAAUAUGGACUCUGCGAGGAGAGAAUGAUAUUACUGCCACUGAUGAUAGAAAUGAGAAUGUCAUUGCAAUUGCAACUGGAUCUAGAAUCCGUGUCUUCCCUGACGAUUACAUAGGCUUUUACGAAUAUGCUGGAUCUGUUAUCACGUAUGGAAAUGGUAAUGACUACAGGACAGCUACAUUUGCCACAGACCAGACAACGUUUGACUGGGGUACAGCAACGGCUGGUGGUAACAGAGACCAUGCAAUUCACGCCAGGAUUACUCCAAGUCAAAUUCCAGCUUUCACAAACCUGGAUGAUACUGUUGCAAUAAGCAAUAAUGAAGUAGCCGGAACCGUUCUUUUUACCCUCGCUACGAGUGACAGCGAUCCUGAAGAUGCCGGUCUGUUGACUGUAGCACACACUGGGAGCACUGGAUUUGCUGCAACUUUUUUUGAACUCGACUCUUCAACUUUGGAAGUUAAAAUUAGGUCUGGUGUUUCUCUAUCCCCUGGAAAUCAUGAUAUGACUUUCAGUGUAACGGAUCCAUGUUCAAGAUCUUCAUCUGGUACCCUGACGAUACGAGUAGAGAAUGAUCCACCAGUGAUAACAAGUCUGUCUACAAGCAGUUCCACCACUAUAUCUGAAGACUUAACAGCAGAAACGUUAUUGCAUACCCUUAUCGUAACGGACUCAACGCCUACUACGUGCCAGCUUGAUUCCACUGGAGUUCCAUUUGAAAUCAAAACUAUAUCUGGCAGCACGAAUUAUGGCAUAUUCUUGACUGCCGGUGCAUCCAUGGAUUACGACACACAAAAUGCAUAUGUCCUGGAUUUAUCUUGCACUGAUUCUUAUGACGUCACAACGGGCGUUUAUACUGUGUACCUUGUAAGAAAUGAGCCUCCAACAAUAAACGGACUACCAAGAGCUACCGAUAUACAAGAGGAUGUUGUUGUUGAGACAACACUCUACACAUUAUCUGUAACAGACCCAGAAAGUACUGUUGUGACAUGUGAUGUCACAGCAAUUACUCCAAAUACAAAUAUUAUGUUCAUCAAGCCAUCGUCAAACUUUAAUGAAUUUGACAUAGUUUUGCAGUCAAACCCUAACCUCCAAUAUGACGUGGUAAGGACUUACAGACUUGAUAUUCAGUGUACUGAUGGUCGGCGUUCAGAUUCCGGUGUCUUUUUUAUGAAUGUGUUACGUAACAAACCACCUGUGUUUUUGAAUCUUCAGAAUGUAACAACGGUGUCGAGUGUCGCAUCUUAUAUUGGACAGAUUGUCUUUGACGUUGAGAUAUCUGACCCAGAAAAUGACCAAGUCCAGUUUUCUAUGUUUUGUGUACCGUCAACCAACUGUCCGUUUGAAAUAUAUCAUUCUGGUGAAAUAGUCCUCACGCGGUCCAUAGAAGGUGAAUUUGUACCAGCCUAUGAUUUAUAUGUUUAUGUGACCGACGGAAAGUCGACAACAGGACCUAGGUCAUUGACAGUUCAUAUCCUAGAUAUCAAUUAUGUUCCAGUAAUUAAGAACCUACCCCUUCCUUCUGCUUUAGUAGUCUCUGAAAAUUCUGCUGUAGGUUUGAGUAUAUUCCAAGUAUCCAUACAAGACAACGACGGGCACGAUACACAUACAUACUCUAUGACUUCUUCGCCGUCUGAUGGAGUCUUGUAUUUUGAUAUUGAUUCUGCAACUGGGCUAUUCAGUACCUCUGCCACAACAAAUAUCAAUUAUGAAGCCGUAUCAUCAACAUCGUUUACUUUUACAAUAACAGUGUCCGACACAAAGGACUCGGCAUCUCAGAACCUUACAGUCACCAUAGCUAACCAAAACGAGGCUCCAGUGUUUACGAAAACAUCUUAUGUACUUAGUGUUGAUGAAGGUCCGGCUGGAACCGUUUUAGGUGAUCCUGGUUAUUUGUACCAGGAUGAGGAUACUGGUGACACACAUAAGUUUUCUAUGAACUGUGCAUCAAAUGUGGGAUACUUUUCGAUAGCUCCAACAACAGGAUUCAUCAGCCUAGCUACGGAUAUUGACGUCGAUGCUGCCGGCUCUGCAACAUCGUAUACCUGUACAGUUAAAGUGUCUGACAGUGCUUUAACCGAUAGUGCGUCUUUAACCAUUAAUGUGAACAAUAUAAAUGACAACACGCCAAGGUUUUCCAACAAUUUGUUUACAUAUUACCUAGAUAUUAAUUACCCUCUUAACACUGUGUUUGGUUCCACGGUGGCAACUGAUGCCGAUGCUGACACAUUUGGAAAUUUCAUUUAUAGCAUUGACCAAACGUCUUUAGGAACAGAAACAUUUGGAAUUAAAGCAGAUGGAGAUUUGUACUUAAAGAAUCCUUUAACAAGUUAUGGUUAUGGUUCAAGUAUUAGCUUUACCGUUCAGGCAACAGAUACCGGAAGUCUUCAAGGGACAGCUACAGUUUUCAUCGUUAUACCACAAACUACCACGACCACAACCACGACAACAGACCGACCUCUUACGUUUUGGGAAUACCCAGCUAACCCAGCGUGGGUAAUAGUUGCGGGUAUUCUUGGACUGAUAAUUAUGGUGUUGCCUUGUUACAUGUGUUACAAAAACGGAUGUUCUUGUGAAUGGAGAGGAAGACCUAGUGACUAUCACGAAAGACUUCAAGAAACAUCUGAAAUAAACCAGAAAAAAGACAAACAACCAAAAGGUUAUUCUAAUGGAAGUUGGAAUGCAUGGAAAUGGUAUGAGCAGUAAUAAAUACAAUGCUUACAGGGAUAUAAAAAUAGUAGAAACAGUAAAGUUAAAGAUAGGUAAAAAUGAAUUUAAAAUGCUACCUAAAAUAUGUUAAUUGUUUUCUGUAUCCUGAGAAAAAAUGGAAACUUCAACUGUUGUAAAAACAGUUAUUAGAUUUUUUAUGCUGUCUUUUAUUUUUUUUUUAUUAAAUUACUAUUCAUUAUCAUUAAAAUUAUUCGAAAUA